GUUCCGGUCGCGUCGACGGGCGGCCGGAAUCCCGCUCCUCGCAACGCUGAUUCCGUACAAGCUGUUUACAACGACUUUUCCAAGUACGAUAUUUGAAUGCGCGCUAAACAGCGGGCAGGUGAGAAACCCGCGGCCGCAACAUUUUCUCUUUCACACCCUGUGACAGUUGGGUCGCGUGCGAACUGUCCCAUUUUCCCGCCAAUCCCAGCUCCGAAAAAAGUGAGCGAAAAGUUUUUGGCGCGAAAUCCACAAGUCGGACUGUAGUGGUAGUCGAUACAAUGACUUUGGUUUUAUGUGAACAUUGAGCUGACAGUUGUGUUUUGGCAUUAUUAGCCCUUAGGAGUUUAUCAUAAUGGAUGACUGGGAGCGACACGUGACUCCCCUUCUGCAGGACAUGGGUUGCUCCAAUGAGGAAGCCCAAGAUGACUUCUUUAAUCAACAAGACUUGCUGGUCGGCAGUAGCGGGGCGGGCAAUGGCGGGGCAGCCACGUCACCAGACGGUGGCUCAAGUUCUGCCCCACCAUUGUCCCCAGGAGGUUCUGGCGUCGUCGGAGGCGCCUUAUCGCCUGGAGCGGGCAGCCACGCCAGCACACCGGCCGCCUCGUGCUGCGACACGCCGCGGCCUAUCAUCACCGAUCCCGUAUCGGGCCAAACAGUCUGCUCCUGCCAAUACGAUGGAGCGAGACUCGCUCUUUCCUCAUACCCACGCCUAUCCAGCGCUGCUGUCGGCGUGUAUGGAGCUCCUUAUCCAUCAACAGACCAAAACCCAUACCCCAGCAUUGGCGUCGAUAGCUCAGCGUUCUAUUCUCCUUUGAGUAACCCGUACGCGCUCAAGGAAGGUGGCGGUGAGAUGUCAGCCUGGACCUCCGCAGGCCUCCAACCCUCAGGGGGCUACUACCCAUACGAUCCUACAUUAGCUGCUUACGGAUAUGGUGCUGGGUACGAUUUAGCAGCCAGGAGGAAAAACGCCACGCGGGAAUCGACAGCGACGCUCAAAGCGUGGCUGAACGAACAUAAGAAAAAUCCGUAUCCAACGAAGGGCGAGAAAAUAAUGCUCGCAAUCAUAACGAAAAUGACCUUAACACAAGUGUCCACAUGGUUUGCGAAUGCCCGCAGACGUCUCAAGAAAGAAAACAAAAUGACGUGGGAGCCAAAGAAUAAGACCGACGACGACGACGACGCGAUGCUCUCUGACGAAGAAAAGGAACAAGAUGAAAAAAUAAAGAAUAGUAAAGAUGAAGAGCGGAAGGGUGAUGAUCUGCUACAGGGUAUGCACAAUCAGCUGCUCGGUUAUGGAAUUAAAGAGGAGUCGAAGCGCGGUACAUCGGAAUGCGGCGUGCCCAUCCCGGCCUCGAAGCCUAAGAUAUGGUCAUUAGCUGAUACGGCUGCGUGUAAGACGCCGCCACCCGCCGCCCAACCUUGGCCGCAGCACGGCUAUGGCACUGGACCCGACAGAUCGUCCGCUGCCGACGGGAGCUCUAAUGGUUUCGUAUUGCCUGCGACAGCAGCAGCAAGUCCUGCCAGUGGAUCUUACGGGCGCUACGGCGGUUUCCCUGGAGGACAGUACAGUGGCCAGCAUCCUUGCAUACACCCGGCCGCUUUUCCUGACGUCCAAACCGACACUCCGCCCCAAACGCCUCCAAAUAUGAAGGUGCACAGUGUCGCCAAUCCUCUGGGCAGCGGCGGCUCCGGCUACUGUUUUCCUAGACACCAACAGUCGCCGCAACGGGACCCAUACCACAAUCCUCAUCACGGAAACAAUCAUCAACCCAAUCAGCACCAUAACGAGGGAUCAGCUGCCUUCAAACCGUUCUAUAAAAGAUAAAGCAUGUGGAAGCUGGGUCGCUGCUUCUCCCGUCAACCAUUAGGGGAAAAUUAAACAUACAGUGGCACAGUGCUUACAUGAUUUAAUACAAACUGCAAACAACGUAGAGGCGACACUGCUGAAAGACUACAUCUGGGGCCUGUUUCACGCAGUCCUGUAAUGAUCAAGCAAUUACUUAAGAUUCAUUUGUUUAUUAUAGAUAAUUAAUUAUACAAUAGCCAUCACCGUUUUAGUGAAUACUUCUGACAAGGACAAUGCAAUCAUAACACUUAAUCCUUUUGGAUGCAUAUUGUUUUACAUACAUAACAACUGAACGUGAAACAGGCUCGUCAAACACGAAUUAAUAUGUAUUAAAUUAAUUUCAUACCUUUGUUUAUCUUGUAGUAUAAUGAUUAUUGAAAUAAUAAAUUAUGGCACGUUUUAUUAUAAUGUAAAAAGUACUUUGUUAACUUUAAUUUUCACUUGGCUUAGAGUGUCGACGGUUGUUCUUAGUAAAAAAUUUAUGAAAAUCAACAUUGCUCAGUAUUUUUUUAUAGAUUUAAGAAUAUUGCGGAUGUAUUGUUAUCCAAAUUAUUUAUAGAAAUCGAAAUUGGAAGGUCAUGUGAAACGUAAACUAGCCAUUGGAUUAGUGAAUUGUUGUAAAUUAUUAAUUAGUGAAAAACAAUGAAAAGUUUGUGACUCUAUUUUCCUAUUAUUUCAUCAGUUCUUCCAUUUGAUUUGAUCGUAAUAUAUUUUAAGGUGUAUAAUUUUAUGGGCUCGUUGACAAAACGGGAAGGAGCAUUGUUUAUUUUGUUAAAAUGUCUUACAGAUAAGCGAUUGGCAAUCGUCGAUUCCUUUAUUGUUGUUGUCUUUGUAUAUAAGUAAAGUUUUGUAGAUUUUCUAUUUUAGUUUCACAUCAAAUGUACAAAGUAAUUAGUGCUUUUUUCCACUUUGAUGCAAAUAUUGAAAGCAUCUGAACGAAUUUUAUAAAUAUUGUUUUAAAAGUAUUAUUAGAGUACAUGUACAUACUGAAUAAUAUUUUAUUAAAAUCGAUCGCAAUCCUACCAAUAUGUUCCGAUACGAAUAGCGCAUGCGUUUGGUGUUGUUUUCCGUGAAGUGUUAAAUGUAAGAUAACGUCGAUUUUAUUUCGAAUAUUAUCGAUGAUUCCACGAUGAAUUAUUUCAUAUAAAUUGCAAUAAUUAAAUAAGUACCUAUAUGUGUCACUACUGAAUACUACGACCGACGACGUGUCUGGUUUCAUUCAGAAUCAACGUGCAUUUAAACAUAAUCAGCCUAAAUUUUAAUAUUUAUGAAUUUAGUUAAGUACACACAUAUUAUCUCUUUAGUUAAUUACUUAGUGCAAUUUUCGUUUACUACAUUUUGAUUUUAUUGUAAACUACAAUUAAUUUCGCUUUUAAAUUAUUUAUGACAAAGAGCUGUCAUAUUAUAUAGAAUAUUAGAAGAUCAGUUAUUUGUACAUAACUAAUAUUAUACUUUAAAUGUACUUAAACCAGUAUCCGACUGUUUUCGUUUAGUUUGGCGGUAGCGAAUCAAUCACAUACUGUGGACGUAGGGUAGUUAUACGACAUAGAAAGUUUCUUAACUGCAAUGUGUCAAUUACAUAACAUUACAUCGAAAAAGAUAUUAUUUCAAUGACGAUUUGCUUCUUCAAAUUGAACUAAGCGAGAGUACAAUAAGAUGUGGUUAAUGUAUGUUUAAAAUGGGUUUCAUUCAAUUCCUUCAUUGCAUUAUCUAUAUAUAUUGAGUCAAAAUACUUCGCUAUCGUCACAACUGCCUAAAGGGCGUCAAAUAGGGUUGAUUGAUAGAUUUUUAAGAUAAUUUAACUACAAUAAGAUGUGUUAUACAAUAUCUGUUUUUAACACACCACUUGUAAUAAUACCCUGUAAAGUAUAGGUCACACGUUUUUAAUUGCAAUAUUUUGAGGCUUGUAAAGUUAUAAGACUCGGUAUGGAAUAUAAUUGUGACCAAAUCGAAUACAUUUGCUUAAUAUUAAAUGUCCUAUAUAGAUAUUUCUAAAUAAUGUACCUA